AUGUCGCCAUCCGUCACAGUCACUGCAGAGGUGCUCGGGCCUGGCCUCAAGAAACACUCAAACUCUGGUCGCUACCCUACGGACACGAACCGAACAAGUAUCCGUCCAUGCCUGACAGCUCCAGCCGGAUCUGGAAACGCCGAAGCGACGCCCCAUGGACCGCCGACCGGAGAGCCUGGGCCUACCAUCACCGGUACGACGGCGCUGCAUGGCGAACCUGAAGCAACGCCUCAUGGACCGCCAACUUGUCCUACAUACCCGACAAGCAUCCGCCCACGUCUAACAGUCUCUGCUAGGUCUGGAAUUCACCAAGCAACGCCUCAUGGACCGCCGACUGGUAAGCCGGGACCGACUACCUAUGUUACGACAGUAUCUCCUGAGGCCACCGUGAACUCUCUUUACGAGCGUCGCGAUCUCCGGCUAGUGAGCUCACGCGGACCGCCCCAAGGAGAUCCCACCACGCCCGAGCCACCGCAGGAGACUGCCCAGGACACGAUCCCACCGAUUCCGAGAACCGAUGUGACUGGUACGACAGGCGUCGAUCCCACCCAAACCAAUCUCCCAACAAACAAACGCUCUUCUCUGCCAAGUGAGAGAGUGAAAUCGCCGUUCGAGGUUCAAGUUACUCCCAUCACGGAUCGACCGCCUUACACAGAUGAUGGCACGACCAUCUAUCGCUCGACCUCAUCCUACACUCACGUCGAGAACCGAGUUGAUGGAACGCUGGUGGUGCCAGAGCUCCCAACUUCCACCACUCCUACUCGAAGACCGAGGCCCACUGUUGUAGCAAUUGGCGAUGCGGACAACGCGACGUGCGCCAUCAAUGCCAUUGCGACUCCAUUAUCGUUCUUCCUUGAGGGCAUCACGCCCGAGGAGCUCGCCCGCGGGCCUAUCACGACCUGUGAUACAAGCCUCUAG